UCCUGUUAACACAAAGAGUCAUUCAUACUAUAAAGUUAUAAAGAUUUAGAUAUCCUUGUUUAUGGUUGUUUAUUUACAAUGUUGAUAAAAUAUGAUGUUAUAACUGAAUCAAUGUGUGGUGUGUAUUAAGUUAGGCCCAGAGUGUUUAAAUAUGAAUAUGAGUAAAUUAGAAUUGGGUGUCCAGUGAAUCGAGGGACGAAUGCAGAGAGAGCAGAGUUUCGAGCUCGGCCAGGUGACCCCCGUCAGUCCAACCAACGGCUCUACCAGAAACCGAGAUGACCAUCGUGGACCUCCCCCCGCAGAUGAGGAAGAUGGAAAACUAUCAUCUGCACUGGACAGGGACACUGAGACCUCAGCUGACCCUAGAGUUAGUGCCGAGCAACGUGUGAUAUUUAUCAAUAGGACGCAACCGCCAGUUACCAAAUUUGUUAAUAAUAGGGUAUCAACAGCCAAAUACAGUAUUGUAAGAUUCAUACCCCUGUUCCUGUUCGAACAGUUCCGAAGAUGGGCCAACGUGUUUUUUCUUAUGAUAGCGAUGUUACAACAGAUCCCCGACGUUUCGCCCACUGGCCGAUACACCACUUUAGUGCCUCUAAUUUUUAUAUUAUCUGUAUCUGCCAUCAAGGAAAUCAUAGAGGACGUCAAAAGACAUAGAGCCGAUGACGAAACGAACCAUAGGGAAGUAGAGGUGUUGAGGGGGGACAACUGGAUACAUGUGCGGUGGAAGAACGUAGUGGUGGGAGAUAUAGUGAAGGUUUGGAACAACGAUUUUUUUCCGGCAGAUCUGGUCCUUUUAUCUUCAAGUGAGCCUCAAGGAAUGAGUUUUAUCGAAACGGCAAAUUUAGACGGAGAGACCAACUUGAAAAUCAGGCAAGCUCUGUCUAGUACCUCCACUUUGACGAGCAUACAAGACCUGGUGCAGCUGUUCGGUACCAUCGAGUGUGAGCCGCCCAAUAAACACUUGUAUGAAUUCAACGGUGUCAUCAGACAAUCUGGACGAUCUCCCGAACCUCUUGGACCGGACCAGAUCCUUCUUCGCGGCGCUAUCUUGCGAAACACCGCUUGGGUCUUCGGAAUCGUGAUAUACACCGGCCACGAGACCAAACUGAUGAAGAACUCUGCCAUCCCACCCUUAAAGCGUUCGACAGUCGAUAAGAUGACCAAUGUCCAGAUCCUUCUUCUGUUCGGUGUGCUGUUCGUGAUGUGCUUGAUCUGUUCCAUUUUUAACGUUUUGUGGACCAAAAGUCAUGCUGAUAGUGACUGGUAUAUUGGUUUAGAAGAUCAUUCCUAUAAUUUUUUCUACAACUUACUUACAUUUUUGAUUCUUUUUAACAAUUUGAUACCAAUAUCGCUUCAAGUAACAUUGGAAGUCGUCAGGUUCGUACAGGCUAUAUUUAUCAACAUGGAUGCAGAAAUGUACCACGCAGAGACAAACACCCCUGCGAUGGCGAGAACUUCCAAUCUGAACGAAGAGCUGGGGCAAGUUAAGUAUGUUUUUUCCGAUAAGACUGGCACCCUAACAAGAAACAUUAUGGAAUUUAAGAAGCUAGCCAUCGGUAGGGAUGUCUUUGGGACAACAGAGAACGUAGAAGACUCGGUCUUAGUAAAGAGUCUUCGCGACGGCCACAAAAAUGCCCACUUGAUGCGCGAAAUGCUGGUUCUUCUGUCUGUCUGUCAUACAGUUAUCCCAGAGAAGACGCCAGAGGGCGAAGUGAUUUACCAUGCAGCAUCUCCAGACGAGAGGGCGCUAGUGUAUGGAGCUGCCAAAUACGGAUACGUCUUCGAAAGCCGAACUCCAGAUCAUGUAGAAAUCGAUGCCUUAGGCACCAGGGAAAGAUAUGAGAUACUGACUGUACUUGAGUUUACUUCGGCUAGAAAGAGGAUGAGCGUUAUAGUGAGAGAUCCUAAAGGUAAAAUAAAGCUGUUCUGUAAAGGCGCAGAUUCGGUUAUAUACGAAAGACUAGACAACAACUCCGGUAGAGAACAUUGCGACAUGAUUCUUCAACAUUUGGAGCAUUUCGCUAGCGAAGGAUUGAGAACUUUAUGUUUAGCAGUGGCAGAAUUGAAAGAAGCUGAUUUUGAGCACUGGAAAGAGAUGUAUCAUAAAGCCAGCAUAUCUUUACAACAUAGAGAAGAAAAAAUAGAGGAAGCUGCAAACUUGAUAGAACGUAAAUUGAAAUUGGUCGGAGCUACUGCCAUAGAAGACAAAUUACAGGAAGGGGUGCCUGAUACGAUAGCAGCUCUACUUCAAGCUGAUAUUAACGUUUGGGUAUUGACGGGUGAUAAACAAGAAACUGCCAUAAACAUUGGAUACUCUUGUAGACUUCUAUCCCAAGGGAUGCAGCUGCUUAUUCUUAAUGAAGACGGAUUGGACAAAAGUAGGGAAGCAAUUUUAAGACAUUGUGAAGACAUUGGCGUAAAUUUGGAAAAGCAAAACGAGCUGGCACUGAUAAUUGACGGCAAAACAUUGACGUAUUGUUUGACGUGUGAACUAAGGAACGAUUUUCUCAGAUUAUGCGUUUCCUGCAAAGUCGUGAUCUGCUGUAGGGUGUCGCCGAUGCAAAAAGCCGAAGUGGUAGAAUAUGUAACUAAAUACACGAAGACAGUUACGCUCGCCAUUGGAGACGGCGCAAACGACGUAGCUAUGAUCCAGAAAGCACACGUUGGAGUGGGAAUCUCAGGAGUGGAAGGUCUUCAAGCUGCUUGCGCUUCAGACUACAGUAUAGCGCAAUUCAGGUUCCUGUUGAGAUUAUUGUUGGUACAUGGGGCCUGGAACUACUCAAGAAUGUGUAAGAUCAUCCUGUACAGUUUCUACAAGAACAUUUGUCUCUACGUCAUCGAACUGUGGUUCGCAAUCUACUCCGGCUGGUCCGGGCAGAUCCUCUUUGAGCGGUGGACCAUCGGUCUCUACAACGUCAUCUUCACAGCGCUACCACCUCUAGCUAUGGGUCUGUUCGACAAACCUUGCAGCUCUGACAAGAUGAUGCAGUUCCCGAAGCUGUACAAACCGUCCCAGAGUGGAGAGCUGUUCAACAUUAAGGUCUUUUGGGUGUGGAUCAUAAAUGGAAUGGUCCAUUCGGCUCUUUUGUUCUGGUUGCCUUUACUGGCUUACCAACACGACAUUCUGUGGCUAAAUGGACACGACGGAGGAUAUUUGGUUCUAGGAAAUUGUGUAUAUACAUACGUCGUGAUCACAGUCUGCCUAAAAGCUGGACUUGUGACGAACUCCUGGACGUGGUUGACCCAUUGCGCUAUAUGGGGAUCUAUAGUUUUAUGGUUUCUCUUUAUUAUUGUUUACAGUAUGUUUUGGCCUACCAUACCGUUUGGUUCAGUUAUGUCGGGAAUGUACAUCAUGGUGUUUUCUUCGACUCUGUUCUGGUUAGGCCUGUUUGUUGUGCCAAUUGUUACUGCGUUGCCUGAUUUUACAAUUAAAAUUAUCCACGGAACCAUUUUUAAAUCUCUAACGGAUCUCAUACGGGAGAGCGAGAUCAAGAAAAGCGACCCGGAAGUGUACAGGGGCGAGCCGAAAAAUUCACUGUCUGAGACUGCCCGGCUGCUGAGGAACGUCUUCACCAGGAGGAGCACGGCUCCCAGGAUAGAACAAGAUGUCGAACUAUCACAUGGUUUCGCUUUUUCCCAAGAAGAAGGAGGAGCAGUAUCGCAAUCAGCCGUUAUAAGAGCCUACAACACCAACAUCCCGAAGCCUGACGGAAUGUAGAAGAACGUCAGCAGGGAGAGUCUCGAAAGUACUUAUAUCCCUUUCGGAUCAAAGUGUAAAUCUGACAGAUAAAACAGAAAAUUUUAUUGCUCGGUCCAACCCGAUCUUCUGUGUCUCGCUUUCAACGUGAUGGACAGAAGACUCGGUUGUUCCGGAUUAUUUUUUUACGAAAAUUCUAACAGUUAUGUAAAAUGCAUAAUGUGUGUUUAAAAGGUAACAUUUUUAACGUUAGAGUAGCUUGAAUUGGUUUUUAUAGUACCAACGGAAGAGGCGAGUGGAAAAAGAGGCUGUGCCCAAACUAAACUUACUCUAUAUAUGCCUCUAAAUAUUUUAGAGGCCAUACAGUAGCUCGAACUGUAGACAAGUGCCAUAUUGUUUCUUCUUUCGCUCGCUUCUUCAACGUUUGUGUAUAAUUUUUGCACAUAUAGGAAUCUUAUUACUACUUGUUAUGUUACGGUAUUUUCGUAAAAAUUUACAACUAUUUUUGGACAUUAACUCUUCUAGAGUUAUAGUCACUAAUUUGUAUUGAUAUAGAAGUUAUAUUUUGACAUGUUUAGGAAUCUGUUGACGAGAAUACAUGUAUAGACGUUUGAUAAAAUAGAUAAUUGAUCACCUAACCUAAUAUAACCUCCAAAUUUUUGUGAAAUUCAACCUGGAACCAUAGACAUAUAAUAUCUAGACUGCACGCUGCUAUCUUAAAAUGGGUGACGAUAGAGAUAAAUUAGCCUAUUAGGUGGGAAGUCUCUUUCUAAUCGACGGGGUUUAUCCAAUGACGUUGGGUUUGUCGAUCACGUCACUUUCCCACUGUCGCCGAUUGGAUGAACUCCUCCGAUUAGAAAGAGACUUCCUACAUAAUAGGCUCAUUCAUCUCUGUCGCAAUCGUCACCCAUUUUAAUAGAUAUUAUAUGUCUAUGCCUGGAACCACAUCACGUUAUGCCACUCUGCAAGACGCUGUUGAUGGUGUGUUGUAAUGAUGCUAUGGAAACUAGAAGUUCGUUAGUAAGAAAUCUAAAUUGGAACACAAAGCUGAUGAUGAAAACUGAAUGAUCGAGCAAUUGUAAAGAAAUCCAACGAUAACGGUAGUAUUCGCCAAGAAUCUGCUUAUGGUGAAUGUUUAUAAAGAAUUCAUGGAUUCGACCGUUACUUGAUGGAAGUUCAUUUUAUCUAACAAUAAAACACUGAAAACGUUUGUUUUCUAUACUUCCACAAAAUUUAUUAUAACUAUGUGACUACAGCUGUUUCGGCAGAGUGCCUUUCUCAAGUGAUUUAGUUUACUAUGGGUUUGCCUUUUUAAAGUCUUUAACUGAAGAGUUUGAGGAGUGGGAAGCUGUUUGUCUCGAGUUGGUCAUUCAGAAUUAUAUCUGUAUUUUUUAAUUUAAUAAUUUCCAUAGAUUCUAAUAAAGAUAGCUCAAGGCCUUUAUUUUGAAUAUGCAAAACUUGAAACUCUUCAUUAAAAGAAUGAUUAUGAUCUAGAAGGUGAAGUGCGUAUGUAGAAGUGUAUGUUUUUCUAUUGUUGAAAGCCCUUUUGUGUUCUGCUAUCCGUUUGUCAAAAGUUCUGCCAGUUUGACCGAUGUAAGUUUUCGGACAGUCACCACAAGUUAGUUUCUAGACACCACUCUGUAGUCGUUUUCUCUUUCGGCUCUUAUUGUUCUUAAUAUAUUUGCUUAAGUUGUUGUUAGUUCUGAAAGCUGGUGUUAUUCCUUUCUUUUUUAUGUAUCUGGUUAUUUUUGUUGUUAUUUUACAGUAAACAAUGGCUAUAACGAACAAACAGUUAAUAAAAUUUUAAACCAAAAACUCCAUAAGAAACCCCUGAAAUUAGUCUAUCCACCACCACAGAAUGAACCCAGUACCUUCUGCUCUAUCACAUAUACUGGCAAGAUAACAACAAAAAUAACCAGAUACAUAAAAAAGAAAGGAAUAACACCAGCUUUCAGAACUAACAACAACUUAAGCAAAUAUAUUAAGAACAAUAAGAGCCGAAAGAGAAAACAACUACAAAGUGGUGUUUACAAACUAAUUUGUGGUGACUGUCCGAAAACUUACAUCGGCCAAACUGGCAGAACCUUUGACAAACGGAUAGCAGAGCACAAAAGGGCUUUCAACAAUAGAAAAACAGACACUUCUACAUACGCACUUCACCUUCUACAUCAUAAUCAUUCUUUUAAUGAAGAGUUUCAAAUUUUGCAUAUUCAAAAUAAAGGCCUUAAGCUAUCUUUAUUAGAAUCUAUGGAAAUUCAUAAAUUAAAAAUUACAGAUAUAAUUCUGAAUGACCAACUCGAGACAAACAGCUCCCCACUCCUCAACCUCUUCAGUUAAAGACUUUAAAAAGGCAAACCCAUAAAUCAUUUGAGAAAGGCACUCUGCCGAAAUAGCUGUAGUCACAUAGUUAUAAUAAAUUUUGUGGAAGUAUAGAAAAGAAACGUUUUCAGUGUUUUAUUGUUAGAUUUAUAAAGAAAACAAAAAUGAUAAACAAAACUUCCGCGGGAAAUCGAAGAUUAGAAGUGGCACGUACCUAGUCGAUCAGUGUCAAAAUAGAAUAUACAUUAUUCAGUCAACAGAUUUUUAACAGUAUUUACAAGAACUGAAAUUGAUUUGGUUGGUGAUUUUUCUUUCUAGAUUUAGGACACUACUUUACCAACGAAUCGGGUGUCUUAUGAAGGUGACGAUGCAGCUUAUACAUUACACAAAUCUGUUUAAUUGCCCCUCUUCUUUCAGAUCAUUCAGGGCAAAAUCGAAAGAAAACGCUGGGUUUGAAGAAAACAAUUGUCUUGGCUGCUUAACAUUAGACAAUGGACAGGUCGAACGGCCGAGGAAUUGUUUAAUAUAGCUACCGACCGAGAAACAUUUCAUCAGCUUGUUAAUACGACUAUACGACGGUAGCCAACGCUUGAAAACAAACACGGCACACAAAGAAGAAGAAAAAUAAAAAAGCGUCAGGUUAAACAAAUAAGAUUUGGUAUAAUAAUAGUAUUUUCACUAUUAGAACUAACAAUGUUUUCUAACCCUCUAACCUAAAAUCUAGACAGUAAGUUGCAAAAUUGAAAUGGAGAUUUGCCUGACACAAUAUGAGAUAAAAAGAAGACCGAUGGAACAAAAUUCUUAUAAAUUGGAGACCGUGGGAAUAUAAACGAAGCAGAGGAAAGCCCCAAAUGAGUGGGCUCUAGGUGGAUGACUGUAGCGAUAAGCAGAGAAGAAUGGAAAAGGAUUGAGGAUGCCUAUGUCCAAAGAUGGACCCAAGAAGGCUAAUUAUAUAGACAGAACCUAAAAUCAAACCUUUUUAAUACCACUUCAUUUUUGGAUAUAUUAUGACAUCACUUAUUGUCACCAACCAAGUAAUUUCAGCAAUGUUUGUUUUAUAUUGUCCACUAUAACGAAAUUAUCUUGAUCUAAUUUAAUAAGUCUAAAAAUGUAAAUAUUAAUUUUAGUUAUGUUUUACAUAUACCAUCCAUUGUUAAGUUUGAAUUUUUUUAAUUUUAAUAUUAUAUUGAUGUAAUUUUUAUAUAUAAUUGUUGAUACAGAUGUUGGAAUUUAUGUUGAUAGUUUAUUUCUCAUUAGGGGGAAGAUUUUUCUGGAAUUUAUAAAAUAGAUUGCGAUUAUUUUUUAUUAAUUAUUGUUAUUCCAAGCUGUCUAAUGAUUUUUUCACAUAAAAACAUCUUUUUAACAUAUACAGGGUGUUUCAUUAAUAAUUGUCCAUAUAGUAACUGGAGAAACCUUAGCACAAAAUACGAAGAUUUAACCUAAAACACUUAAAUAAAAUGUGGUUCCUUACUGAGUUACAGGGUGUUUUAUCUAAAAAUUUAAAAACUAUUUUUACUCAGCAUUUUAAAAUUAUUUGACGUAUCCUUUUUAUAAUUGGCAGAAAGUAUAGGUACUGUACAGACUGCUAAAUUAUGUUAAACAAACGUUUCUGGCUAUUACCAGCGGCGUACGACGGGGGAAAGUGAAAGGUUGACCCUUUCCAAAUUCUACGCCACUGGCGGAAUUGCUAUUUUAGUUCAAUUUUUGGAUUCGCCAAUACUUUCUAUGAAAAUAAUAUACUCUUCAUUCGUAACGAUAAAGUCAUUAAUUUUCGAGAUCUUUGAAGUUAAAAAUGAAACCACAGGGUUAUUUUGAUUAAUGUGUUGUGUAGCUUCAUUUUUAAUUUCAAAUAUCUCGAAAACUAAUCAUUUUAUCGUUACGAAUGAAGAGUAUAUUAUUUACAUAAAAAGUACACUAAAAUAGCAAUUUCGUCAGUGGCGUAGAAUUUGGGAAGGGUCAACCAGACUUUAUCCCCUGUCGUACGCCUCUGUUAGUAGCUAGAAACGUUUAUUUAUCUUAAUUUAGUAGGAUUACACUUUCUGCUAAGUAUGAUAAGGAUACGCCAAAUAGUUAUAAAGUGCUGGGUAAAAAUAAUUUUUAAAUUUUAAUCACCUGAAUCAUAAUAUCAUAAAUUAAUCAAAAUAACUGUGCCGUUUCAUAUUUAACUUCAAAUAUCUCGAAAACUAAUGACUUUAUCGUUACCAAUGAGGAGUAUAUUAUUUACGUAGAAAAUAUUGGAGAAUCUAAAAAUUGUACUAAAUGAGUAAUUCCUCCAGUGGCGUAGAAUUUGAGAAGGGUCAACCAUUCACUAUCCCCUGUCGCACGCCUCUGGUAGUAGCUAGAAACGUUUGUUUAUCAUAAUUUAGUAGGGUCUAUAGUAGUCGCACUUUCUGCCAAGUAUGAAAAGGAUACGUUGAAUAGUGUUAAAAUGUUCAGCAAAAAUACUUUUUAAAUUUUUAGAUAAAACACCCUGUAACUCAGUAAGGAACCACAUUUUAUUCAAGUGUUUUAGGUUAAAUCUUCGUAUUUUGUGCUAAGGUUUCUCCACUUACUAUAUGGACAAUAAUUAAUGAAACACCCUGUAUGUGGGGGAUAUGCCAUAGAAAAGUCACUUUUUAUAUUACUGGACAGUUUUCCUUAGUGUGUUUACUGUCGUUAACAUUUGCCUAUUGUAAAAUUUACAGAUUACAAAUUAAAUGGAUGUUUAUUAAAAAAAAAUUAAGAAUGAGUUUAUAUUUCUUUAUAUAACAGGUAGCUUUACAGGGGUAAAAUAUUCUGUUUUGCGAUAAUGACGCGACCUGUGUGGGUGUCAUAAAUGCCAGUAUCUCUACCAUAAAUUGGCUCUUAACACAGGGAAGUUCGUUAAGGGGGGCCCGAAAUAAAAUCUAUCCUUAAAAAUACUCGAAAUUGUCAGAUUAAGAUAAGGUAAGUUAAGCACAUGCAAAAGAGUGUGUAUUUAAAAAAUCUGAAAAUUUAUACGGAAAUGGGUGAGUCACAAAGUUUCAUAAGAAAAAAGCGAAUAUUUCGCGAAAUGAACGUCAGAUCGAAAAACUAAAAGAUACGUGUUCAAUAUUUUUCAGAAAUCUAUCAAAUGGUACCUACUAAACAUAACCCUCCACGGAGAGGGGUGUGGGUAAAUUUAAAAUUUUAAAUAGAAACCCCGCGAUAUUUUAUAAAAUUAACAUCAGAUCGAAAAACUGCAAAAUACACUUUCAAAUCGAAUGGUACCAAACACGACCCCCACGGAGGUAGGGUGGGGGGUUACUUUAAAAUCUUAAAUGGGACCCCAAAUUUUUAUUGCAGAUUUGGAUUCUUUAGCAAAUUGCUUCAAUUGCUAUUGGAUUAUAGCAAACAACAGUCUGUUGUUCUAUAGUUAGUUAGUUUUGGACCAGCAAAAUUUUGUCUAAGUAUACGAGGAGAAACAAAAAUAGAAAAAAAAGUAUGUUGAUAUUUCAACAGAAAGUUUAUUUUAUCGAUUCCAGAACUUUCUGCCCACUUAUUGUAACUCGGUGUGUCAAAUAACUACAAUCUACAGUCACUCGUUUUAGACUUACAAUAGAUUAAAAUCACUUAAAUUAACGUGCCUUUUCGUAUUUAGUUCUGUAGUUUAGCUGCUCCAUAGGGCGACAUAAUUGUUUAGUUGAAUUGUCGCCAGAGUGAACUUCAAAACUAUUUUCUUAUUCCUGCAUUCUAAACUCACCGACUACUUUUUUACAUCUUUAGAUUUUGUGAAAAUUUCAUGUUGAUAAUGACCUAUUUGUAGUCCAGAUUUAAGUCCAAGUGAUUUUUUUGGGCGAAGCUACGAAAAUGACUAGGAAAGAUUAUAUUUUUUGAUAUUUCACGGCUAUUUCUAUGAGAAUCUCCUGAGUUGUUUGAAUCUUGAAGAUUAUUACUAAACAUUGAAAAUUCAUAAAAUUUUAGAGAUGUACCGAUGAGUAAUUACAAAUUAUCCAGCAUUUACUUACACCGUUAUAUUUAAGUAUUCAAAAAAAGUGAUACAAGCUUUUUUUGGAACAAUAAACAUGUUUUCUUCAUGUUACCAAUUCUUGUUAUAUUUUGUUAUCUUUUUAUAUUUGGUGCUUGAUGUAAUGCUUUAAAAUAAAUCAUAUUAUUAUGACAACUUAAUGCUUAGAAUGUGUCUCUGAUAACAUUUUGAUUUAGAAUUUUAAUUUAAUCUUCAGGAAUAAUUUUUUGGUAACGAUUCAGUCAAAAUUCAGUUUUUAAUAAAAAAUUAUCAGUUCUUAAAUGAAUUUUGUUAAUACAAAAUUUACAAAAGAAAUAAUAAAUAUAGAAAUAAAAUACUUGAAGGUUUUUAAUACAAUUAUCGAAAAUUCACAUCAUUUCUCCGAUUGUGUCUGGUCACAGGGUCGCCGCAUCAGUUUUUAUUCCAGCUACGCUGAUUCUAAAACUAAGGUGAAGUAAAAUAUCGAGCUUACAAUUGAAUCAAAGAACACAAUAAAUCAAGAUCACUGGAAAACAACGAUGAUAGUUAUUUUUAGUACUUUUUGGUCAUGUUUCUGUUUAAAUUUUGUUCCCAUACAAGUACUUGUACAACUCAGCUUCAAAUUUUACGGUUUUGAUACAAUUGUCCAAGAUUCUGGUUGUUUCUAUGACUGUUUUUUGGUGCAAGGCUGUCGCAUCAUUUCUUACUAUAACUUCGUUGAUUUUACGACGUACAUGAAGUGAAAUUGAGAUGAGAAACAAUUUUACAAUGAAUUGAAAGAAGAAAACGAAUCAGGAUCACUGUAAAAGAACGAUGGUAGUUAUUUUUAAUACUUUUUGGACAUAUUUAUGUUUAAAUUUGGCUUUCAUAUAACUAGUUGUACAACGAAGUAUCAAAAAUUAAUCAGGAUCACUAUAAAUGAAUCAGUUCGUUAGUUCAGUGGACUGGAGGACUUACUUCGAUGCUGUACAUAAUUGUAUAUACGAUGUACUUACGACAAUGUACAUUUGAUGCACACAAAAAAUUAUAUCGAAAAAAAAAGUAUUGGGACGGCUGGGAUAUGAACUCGGAUUACCUUAUCACAAGUUUAGUGUCGUAACCGCUAGAUCAUUUGGGCAAUAAUGUGACAAAGGCGACCAUUUAUAACGCUUAACGUGUAAUCGAGAUUACAUAUAAGUUGAUAUAUUUAAUUUAUAAAAAAGUUAUGAAAAACUCCUGAUACAAGAAUAAAAAACCGCUAAACGCUGUAAAAAUGAGUGGCGCACACAAUAUUCCAGCUAGAAAAGAGCUGAUGUGAAUAUUACGUGGCGCAAAAAUACAUUUUUUAUUUUAAUAGAAAAUAAAAUUCUAGUUUUAUUUUGAAAUUUUUUUCUUAUUUGCUAAAUUUGAAGUAAACGCGCCACAAAAGAGCCUCAAAAUGCAAACUGUAUCAAAGUUACUCUUUUGUGGCGCAGUUUUACUGCAAAUUUAGCAAAUAUUAUGGAAUUAUCUUUCAAAAUAAAACUAGAAUUUUAUUUUCCAUUAAAAUGAAAAUAGGGGAGAGUAGGGUAAAGUGGAAUAGCUAAACGUUGAAAUUAAAUAAAUUUUACAAUUUUCGAAAUGGAAUUUUGUAAAUAACAUAUCUUAUUACAGUAAUGUUUAAGAUCAAUAUAUCGAAAUAUAAAUUAAAUGGAGACAAUAAAUUUUUUGUAAUGCGAGGGUUUGUCAGGCAUUGUCUUUUUUUCACUUUGCCCCGCAUGGUUGGGUAAAGUGAAAUAGUCUAGAGUACGAUUUGAAAUCGGCCUAGCUUCUUACUUGGUGCUUCUUCCUAAAUUUUUUUUCGGAUUUAAUCCUCCGAUUUAACAUAGCAACAGAUAAUCCGUGUUGCAUAGCAGCUUGAUUUUGGCAAAGGAUGCCCGUUCGCAAAGAUCUGAUUACAGAUGUCAUUGACUCCACAGACUAUUGUUGUUAGGUCGUUUUUCGUUUAUAUUUUCGCAUAUUACACCUGGAAAUACAGAUAUUCCUUGUUAAUGGUGGCAAUCAAGUAUAAUUACAUGUGGGACAAAGUGAAACGAUAUUUCACUUUGCCCCAUCUAUUAUAGUCGGAGAGAUAGAAGCGGAUUUUGUGCGUGAUAAGUAAUAUGGAAAAACUAUACGGGGAUAUGUUGAAUUAGUUGUGUACAUGACUUUCACCAACGGCCGGAAACCAGAGUUGGGGCCGAGGGUAGUUAUAAGGGGUCAAAGUCGCGGAUUUUAUUAUUUUUUUUAUGACGCUCAUGAUCGAGAUAGUGCACCAAAAUUUGGGAAUAAGUAAGUCAUGACGUAACUAAGUAAAACCUCUAGGGGCGGAACGCUGCGUGGCUGACAAAGGGGUGGGGGUAGGGGUGAACAUAAAAAAUAUAAAGGGUUUUUUGCGACGUUCGUGAUUGAGAUAGUGGACCAAAAUUUGGGAAUAAGCAGAUCAUGGCAUUACUAAGUAAAAUCCCCAGAGCCGGAAACCAGAGUUGGGGAUGAGGGUAGUUAUAAGGGGUCAAAAUCGCAGUUUUUAUUAUAUUUUUUGUGACGCUCAUGAUCGAGAGAGUGCACCAAAUUUUGGGAAUAAGUAGGUCAUGACGUAACUAAGUAAAAUCUCCAGGGGUGGUACGCUGCGUGGCCGACAAAGGGGUGAGGCAGGGGUGAAUAGAAAAAAUAUAAGGGGUUUUCUUUGCGACGUUCGUGAUUGAGGGAGUACACCAAAAUUUGGGAAUAAGUAGACCAUGACAUAACUAAGUAAAAUGCUCAGAGCCGGAAACCAGAGUUGGGCAUGAGGGUAGUUAUAAGUGGUCAAAAUCGCCGUUUUUAUUAUUUUUUUUGUGACGCUCAUGAUCGAGAUGUGCACCAAAAUUUGGGAAUAAGUAGGUCAUGAGGUAACUAAGUACAAUCUCCAGGGGUGGAACGCUGCGUGGCCGAUAAAGGGGUGGGGGUAGGUGUGAAUAUAAAAAAUAUAAGGGGUUUUUUGCGACGUGCUAGAUUGAGAUAGUGCACCAAAAUUUGGGAAUAAGUAGACCAUGACUUAGCUAAGUAAAAGCCUCAGAGCCGGAAACCAGAAUUGGGGAUAAGGGUAGUUUUAAGGGGUCAAAGUCGCAGUGUGUAUUAUUUUUUGUGACCCGGCACAACAUUUGUCCCCCACGCAGUGUUCCGCCCCUGGAGAUUUUACUUAGUAAUGUCAUGAUCUACUUAUUCCCAAAUUUUGGUGCACUAUCUCGAUCACGAACGGCAAAAAAACCCCAUAUAUUUUUAUACUCACCCCUGCCUACCACCCCUUUGUACCCCAAGCAGCGUUCCGCCCCUGAAGAUUUUACUUAGUUAAGUCAAAACCUACUUACUCCCAAAUUUUAGUGCAGUAUCUCCAUCAUGAGCGCCACAAAAAAAAAUAAUAAAAACCGCGAAUUUUACCCCUGAUAACUACCCUCGUCCGCCACUCUGAUUUCCGCGUCUGGGGAUAUUACUUAGUUAUGUCAUGGUCUACUAAUUCCCAAAUUUUGGUGCACUAUCUCAAUCACGAACGUCGCAAAAAACCCCUUACACUUUUUUAUAUUCACCCCUGCCCCACCCCUUUGUCAGCCACGCAGCGUUCCACUCCUGGAGAUUUUACUUAGUUACGUCAUGACCUACUAAUUCCCAAGUUUUGGCGCGCUAUCUCGAUCAUGAGCGUCACAAAAAAAAUAAUAAAAAAUAGAAUUUUGACCCCUUAUAACUACCUUCCUUCCCGACUCUGGUUUCCGGCUCUGGGGAUUUUAAUUAUUUAUGUCAUGGUCUACUUAUACCCAAAUUUUAGUGCACUAUCUCAAUCACGAACGUCGCAAAAAGCCCCUUAUAUUUUUUAUAUUCACUCCUACCCCCACCCCUUUGUCGGCCACGCAGCGUUGAGCCCCUAGAGAUUUUACUUAGGUACGUCAUGACCUACUUAUUCCCAAAUUUCGGUGAACUAUCUCGAUCAUGAGCGUCAUAAAAAAAAUAAUAAAAUCCGCGACUUUGACCCCUUAUAACUACCCUCGGCCCCAACUCUGGUUUCCGGCCGUUGGUGAAAGUCGUGUACACAACUAAAUCAACAUAUCCCCGUAUAGUUUUUCCAUAUUACUUAUCACGCACAAAAUCCGCUCCCAGCUCUUAGACUAUUAACAUUUCACAUUACCCCAAAUGGAUUUAAAAGCAAACAUGUCAAGUAAAAAUUUUUUCCACCUACCUCUACCGAAAGUAUACUUUUCCGGACCUGAUUGUAGGGAGCAAAGUUGUACUUUUCCUCCCUAGGGAGGAAAAGUAAAAAUGACGUCAUGGUAUUUCAUUCAUGGUAUAAUAUCUAUUUUCUAUUACGAAGUAUCUAUACAUUUUAACGUUUAUUUAUAAAACAUCCUGUAUUUUGCAGAAUGGUAAAAAACAGUAAAUUGUUAUUUUGAUUUAACAAUGUUUACAUUAAUAAUUUGACUUAUAUUUGACAGUUGACAGUUAUAUUGUACCUACUUGUUGUUUUAGUUCUAAUAAAUUUUGUUGGUUAGUUACAUAAAUAAAUUAAGUAAAAAUGAAAAAAUGACUUGUUAUUUGAGGAAGGUGGAAAACCCAUAUGUAUAACAUGGGAGUAAAGUGCCUUUUCCUCCCUUGAAUGAUUACUGCCCCCCGCUACGCGUCGGGCAGUAAACUUCAUUCUCGGGAGGAAAAGUAACACUUUCCUCCCUUGUUAUACAAAUAGCUAUUAACCCUAUCCUAACAAUCUAUAUUUUAUAUAAAAGAAUGUUAAGUAUGAUUGCUUUUGUGUGUUGCUUUCAGAAAUAUGUUUAGUUAAAUAAUAUAAAAGAAUUAUCAAUUACACACACCUACAGAUUUUACAAACAAUCGCCCAAGAAUGUAUAAACAGUGAUAUUUUCAAUAAUAUCGACAAACGACCGGUAAAAAAUGGCCGAUAAGCGCGUACCUACUACUUCUAAACCUCGAUUGGAUUGUAAACAGUGAUGACUUCGUUUGCGGAAGAAUUUGAAAACGAGCUAUUUCGCUUUACCCCACUAUUUCACUUUACCCUUCCCUCCCCUACAUUUUUGCGUUACGUAAUAUUCAUAUCAGCUCAUUUGUAGCUGGAAUAUUGUGUGCGUCACUCAUUUUUACGGCAUUUAGCGGUUUUUGAUUCUUGUAUAUUAUGCAAAAACCUUUAAACCUUCUGGUUGUCCACCACACUUUCGGUUAUUGAACGUACAUGAUUAAUCCUAGUACCAAAAUCAUUGUCCAAAGUAUCCUUGUAAAGAAUUUUAAAUCUGUUAUCGAUCAACACCAAAUGGUAGAUGUAUUACGAAUGUUUUGUUUUUUUUUCUAUCUAAUAUGAACACCAUUUUUAACAAAACUGAUUAUUGAUUUUUAUAUAUGAUAAACUGGAUAUUUAAAAUAAAUGUUGUAAAAUAACA